AUAAAUAAAAAAUUUAAUAAGUAACUAUAAAUAAAUAUUAUAAUGAAUUACUCUGCGUAAUGUGGUGCAAUAUAACAUACAUGUAAAAUGUGAAAUAUACUGAGAUAGACGAAUUCACGCACAUUUGUGGUGGCUUGCUGACUACUACAAUUGCAUAUGUAUAUGUGUAUGUAUACACCCAUACACAAAUACAUACACACAUGAGUUUGCGUAGGAGGGAUCAAAAUAACAACAGCAGCAGCAGUAGCAACAGCAACAAGGAACUCUUUAACAUAUGCUCGAUGCAUCAAUGGUGCAUUAGCAUUACCCGCGUGCAACAGCUCGUCAACGUUCCAUGGAAAUUCCAGUGCCAAUGUCAAGCAGUCAAUGUCAAGGCGAGCUAACGCUAGCUAAGUAAUUAAUCUAAACACAAACACACACAUACACACACAUAUAGCCAUAGCCCAUAGUAGCCAAGUUAAAAUAUAGACAAGUGUCAACACAGGAACACAUACACAAACAAACACGUUCAUACACAAAAAUCAAAAUAAUCAAAGCAAAGUAGCAGCCAAGAGAAUAUUGUUAAAUUCAAUCAAUCCGUUGAAGAAGCGUGCAUCGCACUAUGGGCAAUUGCCUGAAAUGCUUCCAGUCGUCGUCGUCUUCGUCCGCCGCACCAACGUUGCCAACAAGCCAAUCAUUACCAAACGCAUUGCAAAAUCUGAAUGCCAACAACAGCUGUCAAGCGGCCACCAGCAUUGGCAACUGCUACGAUAUCGCUCUAUCUAAUGCGAACGACAGGCCACGAGAAACUGAUGAAUUGCUCUCUAAUCGAACUCCACUCAAGCCAGCAAAUAAUUGUGAUACUAAGCGUAAUAGUUUUAAGUCCUUAGGCUUGCUUAAUGGCAGUGCGCCAACCAUGAGCGAAAUUAUAACAACUGCAGUCAAAGAGUCCAUGGAGGUGUCACAUCAAACGCUAAAUAAACUGUUUGAGGUCUAUAAAGAUCCCGAUGACGAAGAUAUGAUACUCACGGAUGGCAUUGAACGAUUAUGCAUUGAUCUUAACUAUCAGCCGGAUGAGUUUGCAAUUCUUGUGCUUGCCUGGUGCUUGGAUGCCUCACAGAUGUGCCGCUUCACCAAAACGGAGUUUAUUGAUGGCCUGCACAAGAUGCGCGCAGAUACAAUUGAAAAUAUACGUUUAAGACUUGAGCAUACAAUUGAGAUGCUUAAAGUUGAUUCGGAAAUGUUUAAGCAGCUCUAUCGUUUUACCUUUCGUUUCGGCUUGGAGCCAGAUCAGCGCGUUUUAUCGCUUGAAAUGGCAAUCGAUUUGUGGAAACUUGUGUUCACUGUACAAACACCUGAUCUCUUUUCAAACUGGGUUAACUUCCUCGAUAAGCAUCCGAACAUACGACGCAUACCCAAGGAUACAUGGAACAUGUACCUCAAUUUUACUGAACAAUGUGAUAUAGACAAUUACGAUGAUACCGAAGCGUGGCCAAGUCUCUUCGAUGACUUUGUCGAAUAUGAAAAGAAUCGUGCUCUGGAAAUGGUCACCGUCCACGAUGAUGAUAACAACAAUGAUGAUCCAUUGCAAUGCCAUGUCAAAGCCGGUGGCGAUAUGCGUCAUGUGUCAUAGUUUAAGCUUGUCAGCCAGUAGCUUAACAUAGAACCCCAAUCCCAAAACCCCCACGCCCAACAUACCCAACCAUUUUUAAGGGACAAGCAACGUUCAAUAGAAAUUUAAAGCUGUACAAUUUUAAAGACGAUAUUUAUUUACGCGCUCUCUCUCAAUCUUAUCGAUAUCGUUGGUAUUAUUUUUUCUUUGUUUUUGUUACUUGGAACACCUUUGUAGUCGGUCAUAGAUCUAAACGAUGCGGUGCUGGCGCUGCUUGGAUGAUUCACAACCAACUCGAACAAAAGAGAAAACUGCUCUCACAGCCAGUCAGACGACAGCCAGCUAGCUGAUAAUUUAAACUGCAAACAAUUUAACACUUAAAAAGCAAAAAAGGGCAACGGACGCAUUUGUUUAUAAAUUUUAAAGACUUAUCAACAAGAAUUUCGAAAAAAGCUCAAUCAUACGAAACCAGAUGUGUAUAUAGAAUAUGUACUAAAUGACUUGAUUCAACUAGAAGAGCAAACAUCUUUUCAAUGUGUGCAAAAAUCGUAUAUA